UCAGUUUCACGUAAAAUAUUUCUACAAAUGGUCCAUAAUUGCACUUCUGAAUCAAUCUCAAUUAUGAAAGAGAGAGACGUACAAUUUAUUCCUCUUGGCGUGGCCUCAAUAUCUCUAAAUAAUCUUUCUCCACUUUCAUGUACGUAUCAAUACCCUUGGUUAAUUAAUUGGUUGUGAGAGAAAUUUAAAGAAAAUAAAGAAUGGGUGGAAGUGUGGUGGUGUUUGAUUUCGACAAGACGAUAAUAGAAGUGGACAGCGAUAACUGGGUGGUGGAUCACCUGGGCUUCACUCAUCUCUUCAACCGCCUUCUUCCCACCAUGCCUUGGAACUCUCUCAUGGACAAAAUGAUGAAUGAGGUACACGCAAAUGGGAAGACGAUAGAAGAUAUUAAGCAAGUCCUGGAAAAGGCACCCAUUCAUCCCCGCAUUAUCCCCGCCAUUAAGUCCGCUUAUGCCUCAGGGUGUGAAUUGAGAAUAGUGAGCGAUGCAAACCUGUUCUACAUUGAAACCAUAUUGAAGCAUCACGGGAUAAGAGAGUGCUUCACGGACAUCAAAACCAACCAGGGCUAUGUGGAUGACAGUGGGAGGCUCAGAAUCUUGCCUUUCCAUCUCUCUUCUCAUGGCUGCAGCCUUAAUAAUCUCUGCCCACCCAACAUGUGCAAGGGCAAGAUCAUAGAAGAGAUUCAAGACUCAUUGGAAAGGGAAGGGAAGAAGAAGCGAAUGAUUUACCUGGGCGAUGGGGUCGGCGAUUUCUGCCCGAGCCUGAAGCUCAAACAGGGAGACUUUGUGAUGCCCAGGAAAGAUUUCCCCGUCUCCAAACUGAUCAAUGAAAACAGGAAGCUUUUGGAGGCAGAGGUUCAUGAGUGGGCCGACGGGGAAGAACUUGAGCUCCUCCUGCUCCAUCUCAUCAACAGCAUCUGCAUACAAGAAGAGAACCAGUCAUUGCCAGAUGAGUUCCAGAAAAUUUCAAUCCUUUCUCCUGAGCCUGCUCCUCAAGCCAUUCCUGUACCUUUCUAGUGUUGUUGCCAAUGCAUGCAUGGACAAUAAGAUGUUGGAGAAUGCUGUGAUAAUAAGUUUGUUGGUUUAGAAAGUGAAUUUGUCUCCACAUCAUUUGAAGUUUGAAGUAAUAAUAAUAUAUUUACUAGAUUAAU